AAUACUUUGUGUCAGUGUAAACAAUUAAAAUGUUGUAUGCAAAUUUUGGGGCAAGUGUUGUGGGUUCUAGUGAAUUUCGAAAGUCUUAUUUGCGAGAAUUGGGUUUCAAUCUGGCAUGGCAGAUUCCCUCAAAGACAUUUUCACUCAGCUCAUCAAGCGAUUCCGCAGAUUUCUAUCCGUCAAGGAUUCUAGAUCGUUUGGAGCAUUUGCGGGUCUUGCCUUUGCAGUAUUGUUUGCGUGGACACUAUUGAGAAAGUCUAGUUGCAAUCAGAGAAGACGGCUUAAGCCGCCAACUGGUGGACCAAGUAGUUCAAGUUCUAGAACUAAUAGAAGCUCAAAUGCUGCAGCAAUAGAAACAUCAACAACAACAACUGCAUGUAGCCCUUUGCCAAUUGAUUCAAGAGCACAACAUGUUUCUGAUAAUGUCUCUCAGCGCAUAACACCAAUGCCAAUGCUAGGGAAGAUAGUUAAGCAAAGGUUGAAUGGAGGGAGGAAGGUAACCUGUCAGCUACUUGGUGUGAUCCUAGAGGAAACUACCCGAGGAGCUCCAGGAAAAAGCAACUGUAAGAUCAUCUGUGCCAAGAGUGUUGCGCGAAAUCACAAAACGAUGCGAUCUUUAUCUCAUGGAGAGAGUUUUGGACGAUGAAAGUGAAGAAAAGGUCCUUCGUGUUUUAGAAGAUGCUGGACUAUUUACAUCCAGUGGCUUGGUGAAGGACAAGGUUCUCUUUUGUAGCACCGAAAAUGGACGGACAUCUUUUGUUAGGCAACUGGACCCUGAUUGGCAUAUCGACACAAAUCCAGAGAUCGUAACUCAAUUAGUGAGAUUUAUCAAAAACCAGCUUCACAUUUCGCCAACCAAAGCAGGGGGACUGGCCACAAACGUUUACAGUGCAACUUCCUUGGAGCAGUUCUUUGGAUGUGCUUAAAAAUGACAUCUUUAGAUGCAUCAUGUGAUUUGUUCUGUUUUUCUUAGGUUUUAAGGAUGCAUAUAUCAGUCUAAAGACCAAAGACCCAUGUACUUAGAGCAAGGUAAGUAACUCUUUCUGGUUUAAUGACUGCUCUAUGCAAUUCAAAACAUCUUGAACGUUGA